AUGGCUGCUGAACUGGCGAAUUUCGAAGGCUACGUGAACCGGGUGAUCCCGUUCAAGACAGUCGAUGGUCUCGAGUUGAGCCUGGACGUGUUGUACCCAUCCACGAAGCCGUCGUCACCUCGGCCGGUUGUGAUACACUACCAUGGAGGAUUCUUGGUCAUAGGAGACCGUUAUGCCUUCUUCCCGUCCUGGUUGGCCCAAGCAUGCGUCAGUCGAGGCUGGAUCUUUGUCACCCCUGAUUAUCGCCUGAUUCCCGAAGUGACUGCGCAUGCUUCGGUAGAGGACGCCGUGGACGCGUAUCAAUGGGUCUUGAAAUCUCUGUCCAGUCAUAUCGGCAUCGAGCUCGGUCCAGUGGUGCUUGCGGGCUCCAGCGCGGGUGGCUUUCUGGCCUUGACUACUUCUGUCACCGUCACCCCAAAGCCAGCUGCGUUGGUCUCCAUCUACGGAAUGUUGGACAUGGCCAACGAACGAUAUCUCACCAAGGGAAGCAAUAUAUUCGGUCUACCUGUUUUCGACACCACCAAAAUCAAGCAGUCUCUCACCGAGUUGAAGCAGCCAGUUUUGUCUGCAUAUCCCUAUCCCGCCGAUCCGAGCAGCGAUCCCCGUAUGGCUAUCAUCGCGACUCUUCACAUCGACGCCCUCUUUCCCGAUUAUAUGACGGGGAUAUCAGGUCUGACCGAAAAGGUAAUCAACGAAGGCGUCGAGGCGAUUCCCGCAAGCCACCGUUCAUUGUAUCCUUUGACCUUCGGGGACGUGGGCGACCUCCCUCCAACUGUUGUCGUCCAUGGACGAAAUGAUUCGGCUGUACCUGCGGCGUUGAGUGAAGUUGCGGUUGAAAAACUACGCACUGCCGGUGUUAGCGUGCACUCGGAAUUUCCAGACGUUGGAGAGCAUGGUUUCGAUAGAGUCGCAGGAAGGAAGUUGGAGCAGGAAACUACAGGAGAGCUCGCUGCUCCGAGCUUCCAGAGUUUGCGGAACACACUGAAAACGCUAGAACAGAUGGUCGCCAAAGCAGCAGCGAGGCCUAGUUAG